GCUGCCGAGGCGGGUGCGGAGGGAGGGUCUGGCGUUACCGCUCUGGCCCGGGCCUACCUACGGGUCGCCUUCGCCCGACUUCCCAGAAACUGCGCGCCGGAGGCGCUUCCCGCAGAUCUGUCUCUUGUAGAGAGCAUAUUGCUGGGCUUUUUUCCCUUGUAUCCUAUUUUGUGUUUUAAUAGCUUGGCAUUCUCAGGAUCCUGCCCUUUCCAGGGAAGAAGAGGCUAUGACCAGGUCUCUUGACACAGUGACAUUUAAGGAUGUAGCUGUGGACUUCACCCAGGAGGAGUGGCAGCAAAUGAAACCUGCUCAGAGGAACUUGUACCGGGAUGUGAUGCUGGAGAACUAUAGCAACCUCGUCACAGUGGGCUGUCAGGUCACCAAACCGGAUGUGAUCUUCAAGUUGGAGCAGGAGGAGGAACCCUGGGUCGGAGAGGAAGAAACAUUGGGAAGGCACUGUCCAGAAAUUUGGGAAGUUGAUGAGCAGAUCGAGAAGCAACAGGAAACACUUGUGAGGAAAGUCACAUCCAUCUCCAAGGAAACUCUAAUUAAAGACAAAGUCAAUGAAUGCAAAAAGGUUGCAAAAAUAAUUCAUCUGAACUCAGAUAUUGCUACUUCAAGACAAAGCUUCUGUGAAUGUGACUCACUUGAUAAGGAUUUGGAACACAAUUUAGACUUACUUUAUUUUGAGAAAAGCUGUGUAAAAGAGAAAAAUUAUGAAUAUAAUGAGUAUGGGAAACUUUUUUACCAUUUCUCAUCUCAUGUAACUCCUUUUAAGUGUAAUCAGUGUGGACAAGAGUUCAAUCAUAAAUUUGACCUCAUCAGACAUGAGAGAAUUCAUGCUGGGGAGAAACCCUAUCAAUGUAAGGAAUGUGGAAAAGCCUUCAGCAGGAAGGAAAAUCUUAUUACACAUCAAAAAAUUCAUACUGGGGAAAAACCUUAUAAGUGUAAUGAAUGUGGAAAGGCUUUCAUUCAGAUGUCAAACCUUAUUAGACACCAGAGAAUUCAUACCGGGGAAAAGCCUUACGCAUGUAAGGAUUGUUGGAAAGCCUUCAGUCAGAAAUCAAAUCUCAUUGAACACGAGAGAAUUCAUACUGGAGAAAAACCCUAUGAAUGUAAGGAAUGUGGGAAAUCCUUCAGCCAGAAGCAAAACCUUAUUGAGCAUGAGAAAAUUCAUACUGGGGAGAAACCUUAUGCAUGUAAUGAAUGUGGUAGAGCUUUUUCUCGAAUGUCAUCUGUUACUCUACACAUGAGAAGUCACACAGGGGAGAAACCUUAUAAAUGUAAUAAAUGUGGGAAAGCUUUCUCUCAAUGCUCAGUAUUUAUUAUACAUAUGAGAAGUCAUACAGGUGAGAAACCCUAUGUAUGUAGUGAAUGUGGGAAAGCAUUCUCUCAAAGUUCAUCCCUUACCGUACAUAUGAGAAAUCAUACAGCUGAGAAACCCUAUGAAUGUAAUCAAUGUGGUAAAGCCUUCAGCCGGAAAGAAAACCUCAUUACACAUCAGAAAAUUCAUACUGGAGAGAAACCUUAUGAAUGUAAUGAAUGUCGGAAAGCCUUUAUUCAGAUGUCAAACCUUAUUCGACACCAGAGAAUUCAUACUGGUGAGAAACCCUAUGCAUGUACAGUAUGUGGGAAAACCUUUAGCCAGAAAUCAAAUCUUACUGAACAUGAGAAAAUUCAUACUGGGGAGAAACCAUAUCAUUGUAAUCAGUGUGGAAAAGCUUUCAGUCAGAGACAAAAUCUCCUUGAGCAUGAGAAAAUUCAUACUGGAGAGAAACCAUUUAUAUGUAACGAAUGUGGUAAAGCUUUCUCUCGAAUCUCAUCCCUUACUCUUCAUGUGAGAAGUCAUACGGGGGAGAAACCCUAUGAAUGUAAUAAAUGUGGAAAAGCCUUCUCUCAGUGUUCAUUACUUAUUAUACAUAUGAGGAGUCAUACUGGUGAGAAACCCUUUGAAUGUAAUGAGUGUGGGAAAGCAUUCUCUCAAAGAGCAUCCCUUUCUAUACAUAAGAGAGGUCAUACAGGUGAGAAACGCCGAAAACCCCAUAAAUGUAAAGAAUGUGGGAAAGUCUUUAGUUCAAGUUCUCAACUUAGUCAACAUCAAAGAAUUCAUAGUGGUGAGAAACCCUAUAAAUGUAAGGAAUGUGGAAAGGCCUUUCCAUCUACCUCACAGCUUAAUCUACACCAGAGAAUUCAUACUGAUGAGAAAUACUAUGAAUGUAAGGAAUGUGGGAAAGCCUUUAGCCGUCCCUCACACCUUUCUCGACAUCAGAGAAUUCAUACUGGUGAGACACCCCAUAAAUGCAGGGAAUGUGGGAAAGCCUUUCGUUAUGACACACAACUUAGUCUUCAUCAGAUAAUUCAUACUAAUGAGAGACUGUAUGAAUGUAAGGAAUGUGGGAAGGUAUAUAGUUGUGCUUCACAACUGAUUCUGCAUCAAAGAAUUCAUACUGGUGAGAGACCCCAUAAGUGUAAUGAGUGUGGCAAAGCUUUUCUGUCUGAUUCGCAUCUCGUUCGCCAUCAGAGUGUUCAUACUGGUGAGAAACCGUAUAAAUGCAAGGAAUGUGGGAAGUCCUUUCGUCGUGGCUCAGAACUUACUCGACAUCAGAGAGCUCACACUGGUGAAAAGCCCUAUGAAUGUAGGGAAUGUGGGAUGGCCUUUACUUGUAGCACAGAACUUACUCGACAUCAAAAAGUUCAUACAAGUGAGAGACCCCAUAAAUGUAAGGAAUGUGGGAAGGCUUUUAUUCGAAGAUCAGAACUUACUCAUCAUGAGAGAAGUCAUAGUGAGGAAAAACCCUAUGAGUGUAAGGAAUGUGGGAAAGCCUUUGGCCGUGGCUCAGAACUUAGUCGACACCGGAAAAUUCAUACUGGUGAGAAACCUUAUGAAUGUAAGCAAUGUGGGAAGUCUUUUAUUCGUGGCUCACACCUCAGUCAACAUCAAAGAAUUCAUACAGGACAGAGGGGUGAAUGAAGAAAUGUGGGAAGGCUCAGAACUUAAUUGACAUCAGAAAAUUCAUACUGGUUAAAAAACAAAAGCCCUGUGACUAUAAGGAAUGUGGGAAAGCAUUUGAGGCUAACACCUUAUUAAAUAUCAGAGUUUAUACUUGUGGAAACUGAAUAUCAGAGUUCAUACUAUGGAUGUAAGGCCUGAACGGUCUUUAAGGCCAGCAUUUAUUUAAUGCUUGUUACUAAUGAGAAACCAUAUAAAUAUUUGGAAUAGGGGAAGAUUUAUUUGUGUCUCAGAAUUUAUUGGACAUCAGAGUUCAACCAGUGAAAAAUGGAAAAGCUGAAUGGAGAGAAAGUGGGAAGGCUUUUUCUGUAGUUCAGAAAGUUAUUGUCAGGAAUUUAUAAUUAAGAGAAGCUUAGGAAGGAUUUGAAUGUGUUAGAGACAUCAGUCAUUCAGACUUUUCUCAACACUAGGGACUUCACAUUCUGAGAAAUCAGAGGAUUCAUAAUAAAGGUGUCACGUAUGAGAUACCAAUUUGCUGUAGCUAACAAGUUAUUCAUCUGAUAAUUCAUACUUAAGGAAGACUACAUUAAUGUUAAAAAUGCACAACUUAAAUCUUAAAUAUUAGCGUAUGCAUUCUCUAGAAUUCACCUGAAUUGAAUCAGAGUGGGAAAGGAUUUAACCAAUAUUUUGUCUUUACUCACCCAAACCAUUAUAACUUGUUUCAUAAAGGGCAAAUUACUUGACUCUAUCUGAAUUUUCUCAUUUAUAAAUUAGUACAAUCACCAUAUUUCUUAGCAUUGUGAGGAUAAAAAAAUACACUCGUGUCCCUUAGAACAGUGUCCAGCUCAUAAUGAAAGUGUUCUGAAUGAGAGCUGCUUUUAUUAUUAUCUCCCUUUCUUAUUUUCGUGGUUGUUUACUGUUAGAGAUGAUGAAAGGAAGGUUUUGUGUGUGUAGUGAAUGUUAGGUAAUAACUUCUGGAGAAAAAACAAUAACUGUGAAGCUUCCAUUCAUAGCUCACUCUUCUGCCUCAUCCUAAUGUAAAGAAACUCAGUAGAAUAAGGGUGGGAUACUGUGAGAUCAGCUAUUAGAAAUUCAGAGGGAAGAUUUAGAUGAUUUAUUAAAACCUUUCAAAUAACAAAAGACGUGCCACAAUGUCUGGCCUCUGUUCUAGAGAAUUAGAAAAUAACAGUGGCUUGGCCAAAAUCCAUUUCUCCACUAGAAAUUGUAAAAGAUACCUGUCUAAAUAAUUCUUAUGUUAAAAAGGAAAUCAAGGGAAAUUACCACUAGGAAUGAACGACAAAGAGAACACUACAUGUUGAAAUUUGUAGGAUGUGAACGAAGCUGUACUCUGAGAAAAGUUCUUACUAUGUGUAGAGAACAGGGACAGUCAGGGCUAGGAUUCAUCCUGACUUCACUGUACCUGGUGUCUGCCUGUUUCUAGUAGGUUCCCAGUAAAUUUUUGUUGAUCAAAGGAAUGAGAGAAUGAAUGAGCUUUCAACUCAAUAUGUAGAAAAGCUUUAACAAAGGAAAUGCAAAGCAAAAAGGUGUUCAGUUCCUGAAAUGAAAAGAAAUACUACUUGAAUGAAAAGAGGGCACCCUAAACCUUGCUAAGUUUGCAAGAAAACACUCAAGCACCAUGAAUGAGAAGGAGCAUGUUACUACAAAAAUGGACCAGAUUUAAAGAAACCAGGUAGUAUUGUGGCAGACACUGCUGGCUGCCUGUCUCUCCAUUGGUAAUUACCAUUUUUCCUUUGCCAUGAGAGGCUGCCACCCACCUGAGGUUGUCAGUGCCAGGAUCUUGCUCUCCUAGCUUGCUUUGCAGAAGCCACAGAAGAGGUGAGCCCAAGUCUGCAGUUGAGCUUCAGUUUUCUUUCCUAACAAAAUGGGAGGAAAUUUUCACCUUAUAAUCAGUAUGCAUACCUGCCAUUCCUAGAACUGUGGUCCUUUUGCAACCAGAGGGAUGAUGGGAUGAGAUCGCCAAAGGGCAUAGAUUGGAAUUACUCAUGUCUUUGACAUUGUUGAGCUGCUGAAACAACUCAGAACUGCCCUGUCCCUGAACUUGUGUGAAAUAAACCCCGUGCAUGUCUGUUAACAACCAAAAGCACCCCAAAUGUUUGUGUUUAUACUCAGCUUUUCACAAUGUAUCUGAUUCCUGGAAAACUACCAUUAAAAAAAAUUAUAUACAGGCAAUCCCCGAGUUAUGAAUGUCCAAUUUACAUACAACCCGUAGUUACGAACCAACCCCUGUAAAGCCUAUUAAAAGUUUGAGGUACAUACAAUGGUUCAUAAUAAAUGGGCGCUACUUUCUGCAUCAAGACAUUAUUGUGUUGAAGAUGUUUUAUUGUAUCUAGAAGUGUUUAAUGUUUUUAUGCAUAGAAAGGUACACUGUAUACUAAGAUAAACAUUUGACAUUAGGUACAAAUAGUACCUAACUUCCAAUUUACAUACAAAAUCGACAUACAGACAUAGGAAGAGAUAUCAUUCAUAACCCAAGGAAUGCCUGUAUAUACACAUAAAUACAUAUAUAUAUACAUUCAGCUUUAGUAAGAUGAGAGCAUGUAUUCAGCUUUUUACAGUAUAUCUGAAAUCCUAGAAAAGCAUUAUUAAAUAUUUUCUUAUAUAUACACAUAUAUUCAGCUUUUUAUAGUAUAUCUAAAAUCCUGGAAAUGUGGUGUUUUCUUGAAUAAAGUAAGAAGCCAGAUGCAACUGAUUCAUCAAAGAGCUGCACCAUAAAAUUCCUCUAGUACUAGAUCAUCUCAAAGAUAAACUCUUCUGAGUCUUCAAGAUACAUAGUCACAGCUUUGAGGCUAGCAUAACCCUUUUACCAAAUUUGGGAAAAGAGCAUCCAGAAUCAAAUCAGCUAUAAAAAAUAGCCCAUUAAACAAUGGUCACAGCAAGUCAAAUCUAGCAGCCUGUGAAAAGUAGAAAACUAUAUUUACCAAGAAUGUUCAUGACCUGCCCCACUGUUAAAGCAUGUGUAGAUAUGGUGUUUGUACAUUUGAAACUAGACACUAACCCACCUAAAGUAAUAACAGAACUAGUACUGAUUAUGCAUAUUCAGCAGCUAAGUAACUGCAGUUGUCCACUAGAUCUGACCUGGUCUUCAUUCACAUUUGAAAUAAUCACCAUCCAGCGGUUUCUGCUUCUGCCCCACGCUAUGGAAAGAGCACAGAUAAAAUAAGUUAAAUGUAAACAUGUAUUAUGUGGUAAAAUCGGUUACAGCUAGAUAUUAACCCAUUGGAGGGCAAUUUAUAACAAAAAUUCAAGCAUUUUUUAAAAGGG